AUGCCGGGUUCUAGUGGUAGCAACCGACCAGCAGCAGCAGCAGCAGCCGCGGACAAUGCGACUGUAACGUCGAAUGCGCAAGGCCCCGCUGCACAGAAGAACAGUGUCGACACGUCCAUGUCAGCAAACAUCACUUCCAACACUGUGUCAGACGCACGUCAGCAACUACUACUUCAAGACGUGGAAGCCGAAGAAGCUCACGAAGUUCCCCUCCUCGCUCCAACCACCACCUACGAGCAGCAAGCAACAUCCUCAUCGCAACUGAAUUCCUCCAACAACAGCCACUACCAUGACUCUCGCGAGUAUGGCCACCACCACGGCCCCCACCACGACAACAUAGAAGCCGCCGGCCACGACUACGCCUCCGACUCGGACGAGUUCUCCCUCACCGAGGGCUACGAAACCCAAUCCACCGGCAGCACAUCCGCCACCUCGUCCAUCUACGCGCACACCUACGAGCACGGCCGGCGCUACCAAUCCUACAAGAACAGCCGCUACCCCAUCCCCAACGACGAUGCCGAGCUGUCGCGCGAAGACAUGAAGCACGCCAUGCUUCUUGAGCUGCUUGACGGCCAAAUCAGCUUUGCGCCCCUGGGAAAAAGUCCGCAGAAUAUCCUGGACAUCGGCACGGGGACAGGCAUCUGGGCCAUCGAUGCCGGUGAUCGAUGGCCGAUGGCGAGAGUCAGAGGGAUGGAUAUCUCUCCUGUUCAACCGGUCUGGGUCCCGCCGAAUGUGGACUUUUUGGUCGAUGAUUGUGAGCAGGAGUGGUUGAUGAGGGGAGAGCUGGAUUAUGCGCAUUUUCGGUUCAUGGCGAUUGUGUUGAAGGAUUUGCCCGUGGUGUUGGGGCAUGCUAUGGAAGCCCUUAAACCAGGCGGCUGGAUCGAGUUCCAAGAACUAAACUGCGAAGUCUUCUGCGACGACAAUACCAUGCCCGAUGACGACCCAGUCAAGGUCCUCUAUGACUUUAGUCAAGAAGCCUUUGCCAAGUUCAACAUGAACAUUACCAUGCCCAAGAUCCUCAGACGAUUUCUCGCCGACGCCGGGUUCGUCAAUAUUCAGUGCGUCGUCAAGAAGGUGCCCAUUGGUGUCUGGGCGAAAGAUAAGACGCUGCGGUUGGUGGGCAUGUAUCAGAAGAUGGCCAUUCUGGAAAUCAUGGAGGCACUGGCGGGCAGACCGUUUGAUGCCCUGGGAUUAGAUCCGGUGCAAAGGGAGAUGAUUUUGAUGGACGCCAGGAAGGGGUUGGAUAAUCCGAGGGUGCAUCGGUAUUUCAACUAUUAUUUCUGGUUCGCGCAGAAGCCGUUGUAGGCUGGGCGCGGAGGUACAGGUUGGGAAAAAUGAAUGGCAUUGGAGUAAUGGGCAUGGGAAACAGGCAUUGUGGGCCUCAUAGCGUUGGUUUAAUCUUUUGGAUGCAGCAGCCGGUUUGCCAUCUCCAUGUCUUUUCUUUGGAAUAUAGGGAACAGAAUACCCGUACAUACAGCAAGAUGUAUAUACUCUGGGUGGGCGGACUGGGCCUGAACCGAUGGCGUGAUCCCUUUUGUUCCUGAACCUUAAUCCACCCCUUUCUACAA